AUGCACUGGUUUGUGCAGACUUUCGUAUUUGGCGAAAUUACCAGGAUGAACAUAGGCGUUCAAAUGGCUCAUCACACAAUUUUCAUCGUUGCAGUGCUGCUUUGUUGUGUCUGUUUGACAGUUUCAUCAAAUGGGAAAGUAUCCGUCAUUGAUCUACCUUACGUUUCCGGAGUAUGGUAUUGGAAACUGCGUUUCUUUUAUCCAGUCAGUGAAAGCGUGGAUGGAAAUGUUGGUGAACUACAGAACUAUACGUUUAUUCCGAAAACAACCUCAUCUUAUGUACAUACAAAUGAAACUAUAAAAUCAGAUAACCAACUAAUUAGUAUUAAUUUGGUUAUGUCCACAGAAGGUUCCAAACUACAGAAAUGUGUUUUGUUGUUAACUGUAGAGCAGGAUGAGGAAUACUUUGCAUGGACAAAUAUGACAUUAAUAUAUCAGUUUGCUGAGCGUUUAUCCACUUUAUCACAAUCUGAAUUACCUAUUUCCGAAGCCAAAAUUUCCACUUCGUCUGAUCAAAAAUUUUUAACUCGUACUGAUGAAGUGUAUGUGUGUGAUACAGAAAUACCAAUUAAAUUUGGUCACAAUGUUGAGAUUAUCUUUAAUUCAAUGACAUUUCAAGCAUUUAAAGCUGAAGAAACAAUUAGACCAGAUCGUUUACGAGAAGUUUGUCCACGUGACUUCAAGAGUAACAUACCAAUUACAGCGUUGACUGGCGUUUCAUUGCUUGUUGUGGUAGUACUUAUUGUUUCAGUAUUUGGAAUAAAUGCUUAUUUGGCUCAUCGUAAACGGAAGCAGCACUAA